AUGGUGGACGGCGGAGGAGGAGCUUCGUUCCCGGUGGUGUUCUUCGAUGGGGAGCGUGAAAUCAACAUUGGGAACAUCCGUGUCCAGCCGAUGCUGGAGUUCAAGAUGUUCCAGAAAAUGAUCGCCGAUGGGAUCGGAAUCUCCCCCAACCAAAUCUCCAUCUAUAUCAUCCACAACGGUUCUUCCAAGGAAGAACGCCGGAAAAUUCCAAUUACCGGUAAGGUUAACUUCUCACUCAUCAUCCGCCAGAAAGACUGCUUCUUCCUUGUCAUCUUGAAGAGGUCAAGGAGGUACAGGGGCCGGAAAUUGAGGUUCAACGGCGUCGAUUAUCAGGAUUUUUAUUCUGAGGACGAUUUCCUGCCGUCCCCACCGCCGGAGAAUGUUGUUCUUCUCCGGAGAAACGUGCCGGAGUUUGCCACCGGCGGCGGCCUGGACGGCUACCCCAAGCCUUACAAUCAGCAGGUUAACCAACUGGGCUACGGGCAUCCCCAGGAUUUCAAACUCCAGGGGGAUGAUUACCGGAUGGCAACGGUGCAACCCGGGAAUUACCUGGGUCAGAAUUUGUCUAUGGGCGGGGCGAACUACUUGAACCCGUAUCAGGACCAUGGUUCUUUCUCGAGAAUCGAAGAGACGAUGACGAAAAACGUGAGAGGAAUUGACGGUUACAGAGCUACCUGCGAGGAGUGCAGAAACGCCAUGGACGCCGGCGGCUCAGCACCAUUCCAUGCUUGUGCGAACGACCCGUUAAUUGAGAAAUCAAAUAUCGUUUAUUCUGAUUCGAAUUCUGAUGCAUUUGUGAGCAACGGAAAAACAAAACUUGAUAAAGCUCCCCAACAAAGCAAGAUAUCUGGAGAUGAAAUACGUACAGAAUCGGUGGAUGUAAUGAUACAAAUAGAGGGACAGGGAACUAAGCGGAACAGGAGUCUAUCCGGUGUUGAAAAAAGUAACAAAAGCAAUCCUAAAAGGAAAAGAGUCCAACAAACGGGCAAAACACUUGGACAACAGCAAAAAGAAGUUUCACAACGAACACAAAAGGAAUCUGAGAAACGUAUUAAAGCACAAAGCCCCCAAUUUUCACGGGUGAUAAUUCAAGGAAACCAACAGCUGACAAUAAAUGAGGCAGAUGUGGAGGCCGUACUGGGCUUACCACGAGGUCGGUAUGAAGUGCUAGACUACGUUGAAGGAAAAGGGAGUGAAGAGUACACAAGGCUGGUUGAUGAAAUGAGAAUAACAUUUGGUUUAGAUAUAGGCAAAGGAGGUCCACCAGCAAAUAAACUGUUAAACUAUCUGGUUGGUGGGAGGAUGAAAAAAAAACAUGUGGAACCAGACCCGACAACUUUUACAGACCGUAUAUAUGGAGAUAAGUUCAAAAGAUCGUUCGUCAUCGGAGUUGUAUCCAGUAUAUUCUGGAGAACAAGAUCUCCGGACUGUCGUUUUCAGCUGAUGAACUCCUUGAUAAAUGUAGAUCAGAUUAAAGAAUUGAAAUGGUGUGAAUACAUCAUUACAACACUUAAGUUCACGGUGUUGGAAUGGAAAAGGAAUUCAGGGCAUUAUACAGGGCCACUAGUCUUUGUUCUGCUCACAUACAUAGAUCGUGUCAUACCCGAUUCAAAAUAUAGAAGAUCACGCAAAUUCACAGUAAUUGCUCAUUGGACGACUGAUGAUGUGAAUAAAAGGGCAGCACAUGAGAGAAAUAGAAAUGGUUUCGGGAGUGGUAUUAUUCACCAAAAGCCUAUAGAUCCAACAUCAAACCCUGAACCAAUAACUGAACAACAGCAGAAUGAACUGGAUUUGGCCGAAAGGUUUCAGGACAUAAUGAUCAAUGAUAUGGGGCCAUUGCUAUUAAAACUUGGAAGAUUAUUUGAAGAAGCAAAAUCUACAGGAAUUAGCAGUCAAUCUGAGCUAGCGAGAUUAUUCUUCAACUACACAAAGACAAUCAACAACAUGGUUGUUGAAACUGCCAAAGCUCCUGACAAUGUUGAUGCGGAACAAAGAAACGAAGGACAACAGCAGCCAGCAGAAAAUGACAGUUUUUUUGGGGAAAGGAAUUGA